UUGGAGGAUGAGCUCAAUGGAAAUCAGCAAUAUCUCGAAGAAGUUCGAAAAGUUCUUGAUGAAUUGCACGACAAACUUUCUGAUCCAAGUAAUCUUGAUAUAGUUACACAACUUGCACAGGAAGCAACAGAGAAACUUGAUGAAAUCGCAGUUGCCAAUGCAGAUAAUCAAGAAGUUGUUGAUGCAAUCGAGGCUGCUAAAGAAGAACUCAACGGUUGGGUUGACGAACUCUUGAAAUCCUACGAAGAUGAAUAUCUUGACGAUCUCAAUAACCGCAUUUCUGAUCUCAUUGAUUCUAUCAAUGAAGGAAAUGCCGACCCAGAAACAAUUGUUUCUUUGGCUAACGAAAUUACUAAAGAGAUUGACAACGCAAUUCUCGAUAGAGAUGAAACAGAGCGCGCUAACCUUGAAGAAGUUAAAUCAUCAAUUGACAAUGCAGUGAACAACUACCUUGAUCAGCUUUCUGAUGACGCCGAAGAAGAAUACGAAGAGGACGAAAUGGUUGGCGAAGCAGAAGCACGCGAUAUCAUCUUAGAAGAAGGUGCCAAUGAGAAGAAGAAAAACUUGAAGCUGAAAUCAAUGUAA